UUCAUCCGCUCGCCGCAGAAAUGUACACAUUUUAUGUGCUCACUUCCUUGUCCGUCAUAUCAUUGUUAUCAUGUUAUGUGUCAGGAAACUCCAGUACAGAUUUUCCAGAAAAGUCAAUAUUACGAUACGGUUUCCAAAAUACGCAAGAAUGUCCAGAUUAUGAAAAGGCUUUUAUAUGUGUACAGAAAUGCCAAGACUUAAACUACGACAGCGCCGUUUCCGAUAAACACUGCAAAUGCACAUGUUACUCGAAGCCAGAACUUCAAAAUCAUAAAAUCAAAUCUAAUACUACAAGAAACGAUUGGAAAUCUGGUGCUCCGACUACAAAAUUACCAAUUUGGGCACAAACAGAAAAUACUGACAAAAACAAUAUACUUGAUGAUGAUGAUGAUGACCAUACCACUGACGAUGUGGAUAAUAAAGAAAGUAGAAGUCCAAAUGAAAAUGAGACAUCGGAAACACAUUCAGCUGAGGACACAAUCACGACUGAGGAUCAAGACGAUAUUACAGACGGGAAUGAUUCAACCCAAGCUAGUAGUGAUGACGCAUCUAACUUUACUGAUGCUAAUAAUACUUCAAACGCUACUGAUACUGCCGUCGAUAAUGACACUCCUGAGACUGAUGAAGCUGAAGAAGAAUCUAAUACCACAACAACCACUACUACCGAACUACCUGUUUAA